AUGAGCGGGGGAGACGUGGUGUGUUCAGGGUGGCUGAGAAAGUCUCCGCCGGAAAAAAAGUUGCGACGUUACGCAUGGAAGAAGCGGUGGUUUAUGCUUCGCAGCGGCCGUUUGACAGGCGACCCGGAUGUGCUGGAGUACUACAAGAAUGACCACGCCAAGAAGCCAAUCCGUGUGAUUGACCUCAACUUGUGCGAGCAGGUGGAUGCCGGGCUGACGUUCAACAAAAAGGACCUGGAGCACAGCUUCAUCUUUGACAUCAAGACCAUCGAUCGUGUCUUCUACCUGGUGGCUGACACCGAGGAGGAGAUGAACAAGUGGGUGCGCUGCAUCUGCGACAUCUGCGGCUUCAACCCCACCGAUGAUGAGGCUGCCAAAGCUGGCCAGCAGUCGUCCAUCGGGGGCCUGGUGGUGGACACCCCUCCGCACGUGGCAGCAGCAGCCGUGCUUACAGCAGUGCCGCCUCCCUACCAGCCAGUCAGCGUUCGGCAUCUGGACUCGCAAUCCAGCACGGAGGAGCCCCAGGACUACUUGUGGCUCUCCAACUGCGAGAGCAAAAAGCCAGACAGAUAAUAUUCGCGUUGUCCUCUCAGAUCCCACGCCGAAUGUUCCAAGUCUACCUCCUCCGAGACGGACCUGAACGACAACCUCCCGUCGCACCGGACGCCCACGUCGUCCACAUCGUCGGCCAAGCACAGCUCGCAGAACGGCUUCUUUGGCGGGCACCCGGCCCCCGCUUCCGCUUCGUCCCUGUACGACUCGCCCCCGUCGCGGGGCGCCUCCCUCCUGAGCGACAACGGCCUUUACCACCUUCCCCGCAGCUACUCUCAGGACACCGUGCUGCUCCCCAAGUCAGCCUCGUCCCCCACGGCCCACCCGGACCUCAGCGGCGACGGGUCCGAGCUCUACGUCUUCAACACGCCCUCGCGGAAGCCCUCCAUGGAGACGCAGAUCCGAAACUUGUCGGUCAGCUACGACAUCCCGCCCACGCCCGGAGCCAACUCCACCUAUCAGGUCCCCCGCACCUUGUCGUCGUCGGAGAGCGGCGGGGACGUGGUGCCCCCUCCCAGGCCGCCCAAGCCCACCUCGGGACCCCCGCCGGCCCCGGCCGAGCGCUCGCCCACGGACACUUACUACGUGCCUCGCUCGGCCUCGGAGACGGACGGAAACUACUGCGUGCCUACUAGCGCCGGGAAUAAAGCGCUACGCAGCAACACUAUCGGAACUGUCGACUGUUCGCGUAUACGCAAAGAUUUUGGCUCUCAAGAUUGCUACGACAUUCCCAGAUCAUUCCCGUCGGACAAGAGCUGCUCAUUCGACUUCAACGAAAGUUUCAACAGCUACUUUAAAAACAAAGGCAUGGUGCCAGUGGGUAGUCAGUCAUUGGAAGAAGUGGACCAGAACUACGUCCCCAUGAGCGCCAACUCGCCGUCCCACCACCACUCGGGCAGCUUGUCGGAAGCGCUACACGAGACCAAUUACGUGCCCAUGACGCCCAGCACCAUGGAGUUCUCCUCGCUGGGCAAGCAAGUGCCGCCGCCCGCCCACAUGGGCUUCCGCUCCAGCCCCAAGACGCCGCCACGGAGGCCCAUGCCCGGCGACUGUCAGCCGCCGCCCGUGGAUCGAAAUCUCAAACCGGAUCGUAAAGGUCAGAGUCCUAAAGUAAUAAGAGCAAAGGGGGUCGCUUUAGAGCGAAGCGACUCCCAAACUGUAGGCGAGUUCCCGCGGGGAAGACGCAAGGGAAAACCUGCUCCACUAGAGAUCAAACCACUGCCUGAAUGGGAAGAGCCCUGUACGCCGGUCCGCUCGCCCGUCACUCGCUCUUUUGCUCGAGAUCUCUCUAGGUUCCCCAUGCCCGCCCGGCCCCCGUCGGUGCAUAGCACCGCCUCCAGCACUGACUCCGAGGACAGUGAUGAGAAUUAUGUAGCCAUGAUCUCUAAUAUGAAGAACCAGUCAGACGAACCAAACACAAAGCUGGGCGCGCCGAUGACUGUGGAUGGCGGGAGUAGCCCCAUGGUGAAGCCCAAGGGAGACAAGCAGGUGGAGUACUUGGAUUUGGAUCUGGAUUCGGGAAAGUCGACUCCACCUAGAAAGAUGAAGAGCAACGGCUCUGGCAUGGCGGCGUCGGACGAGCGCGUAGACUACGUGGUGGUGGACCAGCAACGGACGCAAGCCCUCAAAAGUACCCGCGAGGCCUGGAACGACGGCCGCCAAUCCACGGAAACGGACACUUCAUCCAAAGGAGCCAAGUGA